CCUGAUUCCAUUAUGAUCGGACUCAACCUGCUGAGCUAAUGAAAAUAGGAAGGCUUAAACGAUACAUAUUGAAAGUGCACUAAUUUUACCAUAUUGAAGAAAAGAAGAUACUGGCAAGGAAUGAUCAUUCAGGGCUGUGUUUGAAGAGAUCAAAGAUGUCAUCAACGGUAUCUUCCUACGAUUAUGAGAGUUAUAAUUAUACUGAUGAGGAUUUUGUUCCCUUCUGUGACAAUCAGGAAAGCAUCUCAUUUGGAGAAAUCUUUACACAAGUCUUGUACAGCCUCAUCUUUAUUUUCUGCCUGAUUGGGAAUAUUUUAGUUUUCUGGAUCCUUGUGAAAUAUGAGAAGCUGAAAAGUGUAACCAACAUCUUUAUUUUGAAUCUUGUCAUCUCUGAUCUGCUCUUUGCUUGCUCACUUCCAUUCUGGAUUGUGGAUCAUACACAUGGAUGGAUCUUCGGCAAGGCCAUGUGCAAGAUAUUGAGUUCGAUUUUCUUUGUCAGCUACUACAGUGGGAUCAUGCUACUAACAUUGAUGACCAUUGACAGAUACUUUGUGGUGGUCCACCCUCUAUCUGCUGUGAGAAUCAGAACGAUCGGUUACAGUGUAGUGGCCUGUUUAUUAGUUUGGUGCAUUAGUAUCUUAGCCACAAUCCCAGAAAUGAUCUUUUCUGAUAUUAUUGGGAACCAAAGGUUUACCUGUGGAAGUGUCUUUCCAAAGGAGCAUGAGGAAAUAUGGCGACUGGUGCAAUGUUAUGAACAAAAUAUUUUGUUCUUCUUGAUCCCCUUUGUUAUUAUUGUGUAUUGCUACUAUAGGAUUUACAACACUGUUGUUAAAUGCAGAGCUCGGAAGAAAUUCAAAGCUGUGAAGGUUAUCUUCUGUAUUGUGGCAGUGUUUUUUGUUUGUUGGGCUCCCUACAAUGUAGUAAUUUUCCUUCUGUCUUUGUAUCACCUCAAAGUCUUAAUUGCUGAGUCCUGCGGGAUGGGGAACCAUCUAGAUCUUGCGUUUUUCAUUUGUCGGAACCUUGCUUAUUUCCACUGUUGCCUAAAUCCCUUCUUUUAUGCUUUAGUGGGAACGAAAUUCAGGAAACAUUUAAAGACAAUAAUAAGCAUGUCUCUCCCUUACCACAAUGUCAGUAAGCAUUCAAAGUACAGACACAGAGGUCGUCACCUGAGUAGUUCACACGACUAUUCCAAUUCUUCUGGCUUUAACGGAAUCUAUUUGUAACUGGUUAAGAAACCAGUUAAAGAUUGAAUUGGUCAAUUACAGAAUGAUACUUUGUAUGGUACUUUACAGCCAGAUGGAUCCAAUUAAACCACUUAGAGCAAGGUGGAUCUAAUCUCACCAAUUACAGCAAAAUAAUUUCAAAACACCAAUUUACGGUGCACAGAAUCUAUCUGAAUUGAUUAAAGUAAGGAAUAUCUAAUGUAAUCAUUCAUACUGUGAUUUUCAUUCACUAUGGCAAUUUAUAGUCAAUCAAUGACUUUUCAAGAAACAUCCAAUCCUUCAUAUUGUGAAUACAGUCACACCCACUGUUAGCGUAGUUUAGAGAUACAGCAUGGAAACAGGCCUCUCAGCCCAUCGGGUCUAUGCCAACUAUUGAUCACCCACUUACAUAUUUAGUCUGGCCACAGGGAAUUCUUGGACAGGUCAAGCUUGGCGUAGCAGCAGUAUAAUAGUUUCUGAGUUAGAUGGUCAAGAGCUCUAAUGCGCUCCAGAUAUAAACAUGUAAGUGAGGUUGAUUCUCAGUACAAUGCUGCAGUGUAGUGAGGUGGAAUGCUUCACUGUAAGAGAGGUCAGUCCCUGCAGAGAUGGCAAUCUAAGUCCAUCAGUCAUCUCAGCAAAAUCUUUGACCAAGUGGCGAAACAAUGCUUAUUCUUCAAACAUGAUCAAAACUGAUUAUAUACAGUAUGUGUAUGCGCCACAUUGUUUUUGUGUUACACUGCUGAGUUAGUUUAGCUGCCAGGUUUUUCCUUUAUUACUACAGCAUAUGACUGAGCAUAAAAUGCUUUGGGAAGCACCCGUUUCUUGAAGAAUGCAAUCAAAAUACAAGCCUGGGAGAGUCACAGACUCAUUGAGUUACAGUCUUUCAGCAUGGAAAAUAUAUUGGUGUUGUUUUACAGAGAAAAAACAUUGUUUUAUGGUCUACCAGGUAAAUCAUAUCAUACAUGAGUACAUCAGCAAAAGAGAAAAUAUAGAGUACAAAAAAUAAAGAUAGUGUUACAGCUCCAGACCAAGUGCAAAUGUACAAAAAAAUGUAAGGGAUGCAAUGAGAUUGAAAGAUCAAGAAUUCUUCCUUAACUGGAAGCUGGACAAUGUGCUCAAGGGGGAAGGGAGUGGAGGGCAAAGCUGAUCGAUUUAAAUGAGUAAAUGCAGAAGGAGGCUUGAGUGAAACUAACCUAACGUGGUUUGUGUCAGAUGGCUUGCUUCUGCACUAUUUAUCCUAUUUAAUUCUAUGUAAGCAGAAUAACUCCUUGCAUUCUAGCCUGGUUGAACUUUCACUUCUUAGUCAGCUGCUUUCACACUUUACUUAAAAUAACUGUGUUAGAGUGUUAGAGUGUUAGAGAAUAACUGAAGUGUUUGAGACUCUGCCCUAGUCUACUCAAAUGUCAAAUUUAGCGCUCUAACACAUUAAAGAUUUCUGUUGAAUUUGAAUAAAAAGAUUUACAACUCAAUGGUUAAAUUAUCUUUUAAUGUCAAAACACACUGGUUCAGUUAGCCUUCCUGAAAGUUAAUCUAUAAAUUCUAGACAUGCUGUCAUUUAAAUUAACGUUUUGAAAGAUAACUUUUCUUCAGCAGAAUCAGUUUAAUUAUAACACAUCAAGAUACAAAUGGUGUUAAAAUAUAGGCAUUUCAAUUUCCAAGCUAGAGAUUUAAGAAUAUAAUCAAGGUUCUUGCUAAGCGCUGUACCAAAAUAAUGUAGCAAUUUUAUCUCAUUGAAGUUUUCUUUAUCUGAUUAAACUGAAAUCAACCUUUUGUUGUUUUAUUGCUUUAUGUUAUGUUACUUUACUAUUUUUAUUGAUUGAAUGGUGUUAACCAUUCACUGUCAUUUAAUGUACUGUUUCUGUGACAGCAAGUUCAAGUUUAUUGUCAUGUGCAAUGAAGCAUCUUGCUGGAUCAACUGCACCAUAUCUCAUU